AGCAAACAAGGAGGCCAACGCGCGUGAGGGAGACUCACAUGGUAGCUAACAGCAGGAGCAGACAUUUACAAGCCCUAAAGUAACGAAAAUGUCCGCAGCUAAAGCCAAAAGGCGUGAGAAGAAGAUGAAGAGCCAGCCUGCCAGUGUGCAGUAUCCAUCUUCUCCUCCCGAGGAGAGGAGAGCAGAGAACGGCGGAGGAGGGGAUGGCCGUCACGUCACCGGUGAUCAAUCAGAUUCGCAUCCUUCCAGGAAGAGGGAGCAGACCCUACCCGUCAGACACGGAUGGGUUCGUGGACAUCAGAAAGAUGGCGGUGGUUAUGACACAGAGAUGCCCAACCACAUCACUGCUGGAGCUUUUGCUAGGGCCAGAGCAGCAGAGGUAAAGGCCAUGCUGGUAGCAGCCACCAAUACGACGGCCAACAUGUUUCAGGCUCUGCCCAAGCACAUGAGGCGGCGGGCCAUGAGCCACAACACCAAGCGGCUCCCUCGCAGGCUGAGAAACGUGGCCAACUGGAUGAGGGAGAGGAGCCUCCAGGCUGGCUCGAAGAGGAGAAAGAGAAAGAAAAAAAAACAACUGGUGAAGAGCAAGAGCCGCAAAGCUCGCCGUCGCCACGGGAACCUGCUGCUGGAGUUCAACCGGCGCCAGAGGAAGAACAUUUGGCUGGAGACGCACAUCUGGCACGCCAAGCGCUUCCACAUGGUGAAAAAGUGGGGAUACUGUCUGGGGGUCAGACCCACAUACAAAUGCUACCGGCCAUGCUACAGAGCGAUGAGCAGCCACUGCCUCCUACAGGAUCUUUCUUAUUACUGCUGCAUUGAGUUGAAGGGGGAGGAAGACAAGCUGCUGGCUGCUCUGACUCAGCUGACAUGCAAGGAGGCUGGUCCUACAUUUGCUGCAGCCAUGUUCCUGUCAGGGGCCAGACAGGGCAGCGUCACAGUGUACCGGGCAGGUCGCUACCCUGCCGACCCCCUGGGACCUGUUACCUUCCUCUGGAGACCCCAAACACCAGGACUAAUCAACCGGCAGCUGUGGAUCUGGGCUCAUCCUGCUUUGAAACAGGAUCUGCUCCUAGAAUUACAAAGCGUGUGCCAAUGUUCCGAGGCCGUGGCGCCCCCUGUUGAACCGGAGGUCUUGGGUGCAGAGGCUGAUCCCGCCCCUCAGCCAGAACCAAAUCCUGACAAUGAGCUGAAAGCUGGAGCCAAGAGAAAGCGGCGUUGUAAGGAUGCCGGUGAACCUCCUGCAAAGAGAAUUCUGGGAGAUGGAACCAGAUUGCCCACCUCCCCGGUUACCUGGAGGUCCAGCUCAACUGGACUAGUUAUAAACGAUCUCACGAUGGAGAUCAUACGCUAUCGUCUGAUUGGACCACAGUCUCAUUCUGUGCUGGCGGAGACUUUGGAGGCAGCUACAGUCUGUGAUGAGCUGAAGUCUUCUCCCCUCUGGUGGCCUGAGCAUUGCAAAGACCAGAGCAACAUGAAGCUCCAUCAGCAACAAACGAAUGUCUUUAAUGUACUGAAAGAUAUCUAUUCAACUGGAGAGCUCCCCCCAGGAACGGUGCUGGGGUUGACCGUGGACGACCCCCGACUGACUCUACCCAGACAGAGGGUUAAAGCCGCGCCCUGUGUGAACCAGGACCAAGUAGGUGACGAGAAGAGGAACCAGUUGAUGUUGCAAGGAGUCCCACUGCAGUGCUGCCAGAGCUUCCUGUGGGAGCGGUCUGUCCGGGAAAACGUCACUGACAACAAGAUAUCUGAGCAGGAGCUGAACAGGAUGAAGAGUGAACUGCUGGUUCCGGGCUCCAGGCUGGGCCCCGGGCCCCAACAGGGCCGGGUCCCCGUCCUCUUGGUUCAUCAGCCUGGUAAGCAGGUGGGCGACGAGCUGGGUUCCUGGGGGGCCGGCUGGGACCUGCUGCUUCCUAAAGGCUGGGGGAUGGCCUUCUGGGUCCCACUGGUGUACAGAGGGGUUCGAGUCGCCGGUCUGCACAUGAGUCUGAAACACUCUCAGAACAAAGCGGCUCCCCACUUUCCCCACGACUAUCCAGAUUGCCCCGCAGGAUCCCGCUUUGAGGAGGAGCAGGAGGCCGAGUUCCUGGACAAAUUUAGAAGGCGUCCGCCAGCCAAGAGGACCAAUUACAUAAAACAUGGCUGUCUGGCUCCUUUUCGUUGCCCCUGGCAACAGCUGGCGGAGGAGUGGGAGCUCCUGGCGACGGACGGCGGAGCGGAGAGGAAAGGAGACGGGCAGACCCAGAUGACCAGGAAGAGCCACGAAGUGAUUGAGGAAGUGACAUCACAGCAGAAAGUAGCUGCAGCUAGUCCUCCGAGCCGCUUCAUUGUUCUGAGGAACAGAAAGUCUCUGAGGCUUCUCUCCAGCUGGUGCAGACCCCAGACAUGCAGAGGACAGAGACAGGGCCGCGGGGCGGCGGCGGCACUUCCUCUCAGCGACUCGGCGGUGACGUCUUUCAACGCCACUCACAAGAUGAGUAUGGUGUGGGUGCGCCUGACGCUGCUGUCCAAAGGGAAACCAGAAGCCCACGCCAUGGUGUGCGCGCCGACUGCAGAGGACUUGAAGCUGUUUGGCAAGAGCCCAGAAAGCUGUGGCCCUCAGGAGCCCCCCCACAAAGACCACUAUAAAAGCAGAAUUAAAAGCAAGAAGAAGAGCUCCAAGACGGCAACUCCAUCACAAGUACCAGACGACCCAACUACAUCCACAGACCCCCAUUUGCCCUCUGACCUCAUCCUAGGGCUCUGGCCUGACCCUCUGCCGAGCGUGGCGUCUCACUGCUCCCGGGUGACACUGGGCUGGGUCACCCAGGGGGACUUCUCCCUGUCUGUGGGGCGCGGGGAGGCUCUGGGCUUCGUCAGCGUCUCCGGUCUACUCCACACACUCCUCAAGCAACCGCCUGAGGUCAGAGGAACGCUGCUGCUGCGCAACCCCACCUCCCUGCACUAUCGCUUCGUCAGGCUCAACAUCGACGUAUGACGUCCAACAGCCGGAUCCGAACAGAACCAGCCUUCUUAAAAAAAGACUUGUGUUGUGCAGUGGCAGGUGACCGAAUGGCUGGUGAAAAUCAUGUGCCUUCACAGAGAGCAUGACUGAGGCAUCCAAUCAAAGGUGUGUGUAUUACACACCAACAGUGUCAUCAGAAAUCCUUGUCUAUGCAGCUCAUGAGAUUCUGGGAUCUUUGAAAGAAAUCUGAUCCCUUCUGCAUCCUUUGUUGAUUAAAGUGUUUUAUGUUGAAGAAAAUACAACUGCAGCUAAGAGCUUUUGGUUUGAAUAAAUGCGAAUAAGAAAGAAAAUCAAAUAAGGUAUCUGUGCAUCUUAAAGUUUUAAAGACUUGAUUAAAAAAAACCAACUUAAGUUGGCCUUAAGUUACGUUACUCAUAUGUCUUAAAUGUUGUGGGGGGCAGGACUAUUUUAAUAUCUUAUAUGGUAAUUUGUCAUUUUAUUUCUCCUCAGGACUUUUCCUUCAGGCAAAAGCUUGAGUCAUGCAUGUUCUGUGACUCUGUGCUGCUAACUAGCCAAUACACCCUAGCUACCAUUUAGCUAGCUAUUCUGUAUCUAUUACAGUAAAGUGCAAAUUAUUGCUGGUUGGUUUGACGACAUUCAUCUUCACUUCUGGCUCUCUUGACAACCUGUUCAAUGCUACGUGUAUUCUGAGGAGGAAAGAAAAAGCUUGGCACUAAGGAUACAGCUGUAAAGAGAAUAGGCAAACUAUGUAAUUUUCUUCAGUAUAUUUCUGUUGUGACACAAGACUUAAAUUUGAGUUUGUGCAAUCUGCAGAAACCCUGAAUAAUUUUGACGAUGAUGGUUCAACAUUACAUCCCAAAAUCCAAGAAGAAAGCCAUCAAAAGUCUUGUAGCAGAAGGUGAUCUGGUCAGAGGAAACUUAAGAUUUGAAGUUUUGUUUUUUAAAUUGCACUCCAAGAAUUGCAACCACUGCAAACUACUUUUAACAUACUAUCUAUACUGUGUAGGAGGUUUACCUUUGAGUGGGACAACCCCAAAUAUGAAGACAUAGCUGCAAUUUAUUGUGGAGAAUGGCCUAAUUAAAGUCCAGCAUGAUAUGAAAGUGACAAUUUGUGCAAAGACUUGAUGCUUAAAGAUUCUAUCCUAUUUGAGUUUGAGCUGAAGUCCAAAGACGACUGGGUGAAAUGUUUGGUCUGCAGAUGUGCAAACCUGGUUGGAAUCUGCCCCAAAAAGACUGCAACUAUGCUCAAAAGUGGCUCGGUAGAGAAAUUACUCUCUAAAUCUAAAUUCAUUUUAAAAAAUACUGUUGGUCAAUUACAAAAUGUCAGUAAAACACAUCGUGUGUGGCUGCACCCUGACAGAACUCCUGCAAGGCUCUGCAACUGCAUCCAACUACAGAUACUUAAACUUUGUGCCUUCUUGCAGCAACCCUGCCAUGAACUGUGGUUUCCCGCAUAUCCCAUAAUGUGUAGGUGGCAGAUAAGAGUUUUGUUGCUUGGCAACACUACAGUUUGGUAGCGGCUCAGCCAGGCAUGCAGUCUUGAGGUUUACUGAGGUGAAGAUGGGCGGUGAAGCUUCACUCUGGUGCUUCUAAGGUGAGUUAG